AGUUAAGGGAUUUUUUUAAGGAGGAGAACUGUUUUUGGUGAGAGAGUGCGGAGUCGGCAUUAUUAAUAGAAAACACCAUUUUCCUAAGCACCGAUUUGUAUCGGCCCUCGUUUCGUCUCGUUCCUUCACUUUUGAAGCGCAGGGUUUGAUUGCUCUUCUCUACACUCUAGCUACUCUCUAGGGCGAUCCAACCUGCUAUCGCUGCCGUUAUUUGCACACCCCCUACCUUUAACAGGUUAUUAUCAUCCUCCCCAAAAUGGGAGGGGGAGAAGGAGAAGGGGAGAAGGUAAGCGGUGACGUUCAAAUUCACAUUCGUUGCUCGAAUGGAUCUAAAUUUACGGUGGAGGCGGACAUUGCGGGCUCCGUCGCAUCAUUUAAACAGCUCUUGGCUCCUAGGUGUGAUAUUCCCGCAGACCAACAGCGAUUAAUUUAUAAGGGCCGCAUUCUGAAGGAUGAUAAUUCGCUUCAAAGUUAUGGUUUGCAAAGCGAUCAUACCAUUCAUUUAGUACGUGGAUCAGCACCCUCUGCAUCUCCAAAUGUUGCAGCCACAGAUAAUACUGCAACCACGAAUACUACAGGGGCAUCACCUGUACAGGGAGUGCCUUCAACUAACAAUGGGGGGUUGGGUGGGCCUGGUCUUGGAAGCCUGCUCUUCCCUGGAUUGGGGGGAAAUGGGCUUAAUGGAAAUGGGUUGACAGGUACAUUUGGUGCAGGAAUGCCUGAGUUUCAGCAGGUUCAGCAACAACUGACACAGAAUCCCAAUAUGAUCAGAGAGAUGAUGAACAUGCCUGCCAUUCAGAAUCUCAUGAACAAUCCCGAUCUGAUGCGAAACUUGAUUAUGAGUAAUCCACAAAUGCGAGAAAUAAUUGAUAGGAACCCAGAUCUUGCUCAUAUACUUAAUGAUCCUGCCACUCUCAGACAAACAUUAGACGCAGCAAGGAAUCCUGAGCUGAUGCGAGAAAUGAUGAGGAACACAGACAGGGCCAUGAGCAACAUUGAAUCAUCUCCAGAGGGCUUCAACAUGCUCCGCCGCAUGUAUGAAACGGUCCAAGAGCCAUUCUUGAAUGCAACAACAAUGGGAGGUGAAAGUGGGAAUGACUUGGGUUCAAACCCUUUUGCUGCUUUGUUGGGAACACAGGGAUUGGGCCAGAACCGUGCACCCACUACAAAUCCACCAACAACUAAUUCUGAUGCAACUGGCUCUCCUGCUCCUAAUACAAAUCCCUUGCCAAAUCCAUGGAAUCCUACUGCAAAUGCACCAGGAACACCUGCAGGUGGUCAGACUAACACAGGUUCUAGGGCUGCUCCUACUGGAGGUUUAAGGCAGCCAGGAAUUGAGAGAUCACCUCUUCUUGGCCUGCCAGAUUUUGGAGGGAUGGGUGGGGGCGCUGGACCAUUUGAUCCGUCUAUGCUGCAACAGAUGCUACAAAAUCCAGCAGUGAUGCAGAUGAUGCAAGGAUUACUUUCCAAUCCUCAAUACAUGAAUCAGUUCCGGCCCUUUUUAGAUAAUAAUUCUCAAUUGAGAGAAAUGAUGCAAAGUCCAGAAUUUCUUCGUCAGUUGGCAAGUCCAGAGACUAUGCAGCAACUUCUGUCAUUAAAUCAAGCAGUCAUAUCUCAGCUAGCUCGACAGCAGGCCGGCCAGGCACAGGGGCAGACGGGGGUUGCUGGAGCCAACAACCUUGGAUUGGAAAACCUCUUAGGGGUGUUUGGUGGACUGGGUGGUGCGAACACCCAAAACGCUUCUAAUGUUCCACCAGAGCAACUUUAUGCAACAGAGCUAGCACAGCUACAAGAAAUGGGAUUUGUUAACACACAGGAGAAUAUUCGUGCACUAAGUGCCACUGGUGGAAAUGUCAAUGCUGCUGUUGAGCGCCUUCUUGGCAAUCUUGGCUAGCAGCCAUUUCAGCAAUGUAUUUUUUCACAUUUCCCAAUUAUUUUGUGUCUAGUCUAAUUUUAAAAUUCAGACUUAUUUUCUUGUUAGCAAGUUAAAUUGAAGCACUGUAUUCGGAAUCUAGGUUUGAAAUAAUAAGACAAGUUUUGGCAGGUGCAAAUAAUUUCAGUUUGCUGAUUAAUAGGCACUGCAAAUGUUUGACUACUGUGGAGAUUGCACAAGUCCUUCCAUUAGUCCCCAAGGCCAUUAUAUGUGUAUAGUUUUAUUGAACCAAUGUCUAUUGUGUCAGAAGUGACUUCCUGGAACAUAAAAUAACAAAGUAGGCUUAUAGACAAGUUAUAUUUCAAACUUAUUUUUUCCCAUCGUCAGGUCAGAGGGCUCUGGAUCAGAAACAUGUAAAUUACAAAUCUAUGGAUGAGAAAAGUUGGAUUUCAA